GCCGGAGGCAGGAGCCGCCCCUGGUCCAGCCCGCGUCCAGCCCCUACUCUGAGGCCGUGGAGCGGCAGCGCCGGAGUCUGCCCAUCUUCCAGGCGCGGGGGCAGCUGUUGGCCCAGCUCCGAAACCUGGACAGCGCCGUCCUCAUCGGGGAAACUGGCUCUGGGAAGACCACGCAGAUCCCUCAGUACCUGUAUGAAGGAGGAAUUGGCCGCCAGGCCGUCAUUGCUGUGACCCAGCCUCGUCGAGUGGCGGCCAUCUCCCUGGCGACCAGAGUCUCAGAUGAGAAGAGAACUGAACUCGGGAAGCUGGUUGGCUACACUGUGCGCUUUGACGACGUCACCUCGGACGACACCAAGAUCAAGUUCCUGACAGACGGCAUGCUUCUGCGCGAGGCCAUCUCCGACUCCCUGCUUCGGAAGUACAGCUGCAUCAUCUUGGAUGAAGCUCAUGAACGGACCAUUCACACGGACGUGCUCUUUGGGGUGGUGAAGAUGGCGCAGAGGAGGCGGAGGGAGCUGGGGAAGCUGCCUCUCAAAGUGAUUGUGAUGUCAGCCACGAUGGACGUGGACCUGUUCUCUCAGUAUUUCAAUGGAGCCCCCGUCCUCUACCUGGAGGGUCGGCAGCACCCCAUCCAGAUUUUUUACACCAAACAGCCGCAGCACGAUUACCUGCACGCUGCCCUCGUCUCGGUCUUCCAGAUCCACCAGGAAGCCCCCUCCUCUCAGGACAUCUUGGUGUUCCUCACCGGUCAGGAGGAGAUCGAAGCAAUGAGCAAGACCUGCCGGGACAUCGCCAAGCACCUCCCAGAUGGCUGCCCCUCCAUGCUGGUCCUUCCGCUCUAUGCCUCCCUGCCCUAUGCCCAGCAGCUCCGUGUCUUCCAGGAGGCCCCAAAGGGCUAUCGCAAAGUGAUCAUUUCAACCAACAUCGCUGAAACCUCCAUAACCAUUACAGGAAUAAAAUAUGUAGUUGACACGGGCAUGGUUAAAGCAAAGAAGUAUAACCCUGACAGUGGCCUGGAGGUGUUAGCUGUGCAGCGAGUGUCAAAGACCCAGGCCUGGCAGCGCACAGGACGGGCUGGCAGAGAGGACAGUGGUGUCUGUUACCGGCUCUACACAGAGGAUGAGUUUGAGAAGUUUGAGAAGAUGACCGUGCCAGAGAUCCAAAGGUGUAACCUGGCAAGCGUGAUGCUGCAGCUUCUCGCAAUGCGAGUCCCAAACGUGCUCGCCUUUGAUUUCAUGUCCAAACCGUCUCCAGAUCACAUUCAGGCGGCCAUUGCCCAGCUGGAGCUGUUAGGUGCCCUUGAACACAAAGACAACCAGCUCACCCUGACUCCAAUCGGAAGAAAGAUGGCGGCAUUCCCAUUGGAACCCAAAUUUGCCAAAACCAUCCUCCUGUCCCCCAAAUUCCACUGCACGGAGGAGAUACUGACCAUCAUCUCCCUGCUAUCAGUGGACAGUGUUCUCUACAACCCCCCUUCUCGGCGGGAUGAGGUGCAGGGUGUGCGGAAAAAGUUCACAUCGAGCGAGGGCGAUCACAUCACCCUGCUCAACAUCUACCGGACCUUCAAAAACCUGGGCAGAAAUAAGGAUUGGUGCAAAGAGAAUUUUGUCAACAGCAAGAAUAUGAUGCUAGUAGCUGAGGUCAGAGCACAGCUGAGGGACAUCUGCUUAAAGAUGUCAAUGCCCAUCGUGUCGUCGCGAGGAGACACGGAGAGCGUCCGCCGCUGCCUGGCGCACAGCCUCUUCAUGAGCACGGCCGAGCUGCAGCCAGACGGGUCCUACGCCACCACGGACACCCACCAGCCGGUGGCCAUCCACCCCUCGUCCGUCCUCUUCCACUGCCGGCCGGCCUGCGUCGUGUACACCGAGCUGCUCCGCACCAACAAGUGCUACAUGCGGGACCUGUGCGUGGUGGACGCCGAGUGGCUGUACGAGGCCGCCCCCGAGUUCUUCCGUAGGAAGCUGAGAACCGCCAGGAACUGAGCCGCCGCCGGGGCCGUGCGUGCCGGGAGCUGGGCCACCCGCCGCCCCUCGAGAGGCCUCGGUUUGCACGUGAGGACCGAGCCGGGAGCUGAAAGGGUUAAACUGCCCGGACCGAACCUCCCAGACACAUCCGUACCUUGGAAACUUAAAAAACGAUGCUUUCAGUUCUUGCCCAGUGACUUUCGGGGACUGAGUUAGCUUCUGAGCUUCAGUUUCCCCAUCUGUCAAAUGAGGGUGACAGUAACACAGGGUUGGGGGCACGCGGUUUAGAGCAAAUGGAAGAAAGUACCCAGAGCGGCGCCUGCCCACGACGAACCCGCCGUGGGGUGUGGGCCUCGGCGCUGGGCCGGGUUCCCGCUUUUCUGCAUGAUGUGAGUCCUGUCCAAGAAAAUCCCCUGAGUUCUCCUGACUGAGGGGGACGGUCUGGAAGGUGCACCAUCCGAGGACACAGAGCUGUUGACCUUGGAUCUGUUUUAACAUCCGUCUGCAUGAAGUUUUGUAACAGAAGACAGAAGAGACUGACUUCUGUGGACAUUUCAGGAGGGAGGUGCUGUUUCCUACCUCAUGGGCCACUGCCCUGCCGGACCUCACUCCCCAGGGUGUGGACCUCCCCAGGGUGUGGACCUUCCCGGGAAAGGAAGUGCUCAAGCCCUAAACACCUGAACUAAGGAAUGAAUCGAGCUGCACUGUUUGCAUUUUUCUACCCCCAGGGCCCUGGGGGUGGGGCAGACAAGCUCAUCCCAUCACCUUCUGGUGUUUCUAUUCUUUCAUCUUAUUCAUUUCCUGUGGCCUUUUUUCCUUAGGGACUUGAGGAAAGCCUGGCUUUUCUGUUUCACCCCUCUCCAGCCCUCAGUUUGUCAGAGGAGACUAGUCUCCACAGUUUCUUCCUCUUCUCAUAUUUUGAGAAAAGAAAAGACACACCGAAAGUCCUUCUUAGCUAUUUAAUGAUGAAAAGCAAAUCAUCUUUCCUCAGGGAAUGCUUCACCCCAGAAAACACCCAGAGUUAGCCCUUUUAUUGUGCUUAAUUGAUCUAAACACACACAUGGCUGUAUUUUGGUCACUACUUACAAAGAGAAACAUGCAGCUUCAUGAGCAGGGGCCCAAACGCCCCAAGAGUCUUCAAAGACAGUGGACAGUCUCACCUAUCUCUGCUUGUGUGUUUCAAGUCUGUCUCGCACCAGCCAUGGCCUUGAGCAGUCAGGCUUUUAGCCAGUGUUCAGGGCUGUCUGGGACUUGUGAUUUAUUUCUGUUAGAAAUAGUUAUGUUUAGGCCAAAGGGACUCGACAGAUCCUAUAUACUCUACCUUAAUUAAAGUCUUACACUUUUCUUCUUACUGUUGCUGACUUUCUGAAAAGUUUUCAGAAAAAUUUUAAGUGAAUUUUUCUCACUUAUUUAAUAGAGGCCCAGGAUGUUUAGCCUGACUUGGUAAAAUACUGGAUUUUUAAUUUAAAAAACUCACCAUGCUGGUAGAAAAUUGAGAGUGGGCAGAUAUAUUAUAUUCCUCAGCAAAUUAUGUAGAGUGUUCUCUGGGGCAAGUAAAAUUUAGCUUGGAAUAAUCUAUGUCCAGCUUAAGUACCUGAUCCAUUUCUGAAAGUGUUUUUUUUUUUUUUCUGAGCAGAUGGAAGGGGUAGAUAGCUUCUAAGUAAAUAUAAAUAGCUUCUAUGUUUCUGUACAGAAACAAGUCUAUCAUUGUAACGUUCUGGUAGAGUUUUAAAUACAUUAGUUUUUUAUUGGGCUUUUUAAAAAGGUAACUUUUAACGUAGCUGCUCAGGGAUUAAAUCAGAUGGGAAAAGCCGAUCUGUCUCUGCAUAUUACUACAAAGAGAUAAACGGUUGUUUAUAUGGAGCCGCAGGGGAUAGAUAAGUACACUUUAAACUUUCUUAAGAAAGUUAAAUGUUUCACAAUAAUGUUGCGAUCUAAUCUUGAGCUACUCCCUUUCCAUCUCUGAUGCUGUGCCGCCUUUUUUCCCACCUAUGGAAUCUGAAUCUGGAUGGAUAACUAGCUCCCUUCAGCAGCUGCAGGUAAACAGAUGCACUCCAAGCAGACCCCUCAUCCCAGAUGUUUGACAUCUGUUUCUGGUAAUAGUGGAGUGUGAAACACUCAGGGCAGCGCAGACUCCACUACAGGGGGGAAGAACCACCAACACCCAGUUCUUGGUAAAAACCCUUAGUGUUGCGUCUCUGCUAGUUGUAUAGAGAUGCCAGAAUGAAGACAAGUGUUUGCUGUGGGGAGAAAACUCAUUAUGUACUGUGAUGCAUAAAUCCACUUAAUCUAGCUGUCAAAAACAGAACUGUGGCCAAGUGUCUAAGAUUCCAUUCCUUCUGCACAUAAGGAAACUGCCCCUGUGGGGAAGCCAGUUUUCUUAUAUUUGACCAGAAUGUUAAAACUUGCAGGAAAAAACCCCAAAAAUCUAAUUGGUUCAGGUUUAUGUUGUACUUUGAGAGUCUGUUUUUGUUCAAACAGACACAGCUGUAUAGAAAUAUCAGCUCUUGCUUAGAAUGCUCAGAUUUGCACAUGACUAUCCAAUCCAUUAAAAUGAUUCUUGUACAUGA